CAGCAGUUGAGGAGGUACUUAAAAGAAAAGCAACAAUUUUACUUAUCUGAGCCGAAAACAUUUCUUUUACCCGCUCGAACCAAACAAUCCCCUUCAUUUUCAAACGCAUCCUUAGCUGCAGCUACUUCUACUUCUCAACAUUUUGUUCAGUCAAAUUAGGGUUUUUAUCUGAAAACCACCUUUUACAUAUUCUUUCUAUCUUCAUUAUUAUAUCACACUGUUCAGGUUGUUGGCAGAAAUUGUUUUAUGCAAAAAUUGGAUUCAGCAUGGUUUCUGAAACUUCUCAAACAAAUCGUUUAGUGAAUGGAGUUUCAUGUAAGGAGGAAAGUGAAAUUGCGAGUAGCAAUGGUUCUAGUGGUGGUAGUGAUAGCUAUGACACAAGAUCUGGCGAAGAUGUUCUAAAAAUGUAUGCUGAUGUCGAUGGUGAUACAAUGUCUGUUGACAAUGUUGUCUCGAGAAAGAAGAGACAGAGAGAAGCAACUUUUCAAGAUAUGUACAACAAUCAAGGAUUGUUUGAUGACGACGACGAUGAGGAUGACAGUGAUUGGGCGCCCGUACAAAGACGUUUAGAGAUUGUGAAGUGGUUUUGCACCAACUGCACAAUGGUUAAUCUUGGUGAUGGUUCUCAUUGCAAUAAUUGUGGCGAACACAACAAUUCUGGUAUCUUGGAGCAUGGCUUUUUUGCAUCUCCUAUUUCAGAAGAUUCAGAUCUCACCCGCAUAGAGACAAAAGUAAAGAAGAAAAGAAACCAAGGCGCUCAAAGUUCACCUUCAUGUUCAAGUGCGCAUACGGUGGUUGGUUUUGAUGAAAAAAUGCUGCUACAUUCAGAAGUUGAAAUGAAGUCACAUCCACAUCCUGAAAGACCUGAUCGCCUUCGAGCUAUAGCUGCUAGCCUUGCUACUGCUGGUAUAUAUCCUGGGAGAUGCCACCCUAUAUCUGCAAGAGAAAUUACCCAACAAGAACUUCAGAUGGUGCAUUCCUUGGAGCAUAUUCAAGAUGUAGAAUUUACAAGUCAUAUUUUCUCUAGUUAUUUCACUCCUGAUACAUAUGCUAAUGAGCAUUCAGCACAUGCUGCUAGGCUGGCAGCAGGUUUAUGUGCCGAUCUUGCGUCAGCAAUAUUUUCUGGUCGUGCCAAAAAUGGUUUUGCUCUGGUCCGUCCUCCUGGUCAUCAUGCUGGUGUAAGACAAGCUAUGGGAUUUUGCCUUCACAAUAAUGCUGCAGUUGCUGCAUUAGCUGCUCAGGUUGCAGGUGCCAAGAAGGUUCUAAUAGUUGACUGGGAUGUACAUCAUGGAAAUGGCACACAAGAAAUUUUUGAGCAGAAUAAAUCGGUUUUGUACGUAUCUCUGCAUAGACACGAGGGAGGAAAGUUCUAUCCUGGCACUGGAGCAGCUGACGAGGUUGGUACCAAUGGUGCAGAAGGGUAUUGUGCAAAUGUUCCAUGGAGUUGUGGAGGAGUAGGCGAUAAUGAUUACAUUUUUGCAUUCCAGCAUAUUGUGCUACCAAUAGCUGCUGAGUUCGCUCCUGACUUUACCAUCAUAUCAGCUGGAUUUGAUGCUGCAAGAGGUGACCCUUUGGGACGCUGUGAUGUAACUCCAGCUGGAUAUGCAAAGAUGACUGAUAUGUUGUAUACUAUCUGCAGUGGAAAGUUGCUUGUUAUUCUUGAGGGCGGCUACAAUUUACGUUCAAUUUCAUCUUCCGCUACUGCAGUGAUUAAGGUAUUGCUGGGUGAGAGAACUGCAAAUGAAUUGGAAAACGUUAUCCCUUCUAAAGCUGGCUUGCAAACUGUUCUGGAAGUCCUCAAGAUCCAAAUGAAUUUUUGGCCUUCUCUAGGGUCCAUUUAUAAAAAAUUGCAGUCACAAUGGGGACCAACUGGUUCUCAGAAUAACAAAGAACAGAUUAAAAAGAAACGCAGGAUUGAUGCUCCGUUAUGGUGGAAAUGGGGGCGGAAGAGUUUAUUGUAUCAUUUCCUUGGUAGGCACCAUCACCAUAAAGGGCACUGAUUGCGCAAAUUGCCGGUUCCUAUCCUGCCAAUUUUUGUAAAUCAGGGGUUUCAGUUUAACCCUGUUAGGAUAACUUUCUUACUUGUAUUAAUGGCUUUUGGCUGCAAAGGUCUCAGAACAAACAGUUCCAUUUGUCAGCUAUCCAUUACUACUCUUAUUUUGUCAAUUUAGCAAGAUCAAUUACUAUCAA